AUGACCCCACAGCCAAUGCUGUCAAUGUUUGAAAAACAACCCAAGGAAGCUGCUAUCCAAAAGCGGAGCGAAAGGAGGAGAAUGGUAACAAAGGAGGUCCCUCCUACAGUGGAAGGUAAAUAAAUACAUUUGAUUAAAAAUUCACUUUUUUAGUGUACAUGUCCAAUUCUUGGUUAUACAAAGAAGAGUGAAUCGAACAACAGAGAAUACUAUUCACUGUAGUGCUUUCUAUUUCUAAGACCAGAAUGGCUGCCAUUUCAUUUGUUCCUGGUUUGCAAACCAGGAAUACAAUAAUAUUAUUCUUAUUCAUUCUGUUGGCUAAUAUGAGUUGAUUUUUCUGCUCUCAGCUCCUGUAGAACAACCCGAGGGAAGAACAGGGGCCCAGACAACAGCAAGAAAGGAAAGACGAUGCAGAACAUGCAAAGAACCCCUCAAAGGUCACAAGAAUGUGACCCAUUGCCCUAAAAACCAAAAGUAG